AUUAUCUGAAAUUUAAGAUUCUAGAUAAUUUUAUAGCCAAUGGGCUUCAAGCUUUAGUUUUUAUAUAUAACCGUGAAAAGAAAGUUGUAUAUUUAUACAAAAUCAAUACUAAGUGUUGGAACACUUGCAAAUUUGAGUAAAUAAACAGUUCAACACGUGUCACAUAUGUCAAUGGCUCCCAAAAAGAGAUUUUCUUCUAUAAUAAAAUCUAAGGGUCUACGAAUGCCGUUUGAGAAAAAAGAAAAAUUAAGGGAAGAAUUGAAACGUGUUAAAGAACAAUCACGCGCAAUAAAAGAACAAUUUCAAGUAGAGAAAGAAGCUAAGAAGGAACGAAGACGAGAAAAUCUCAAACGAGCAGAAGAAAAUGCCAAAAAAAGUGAAAUUGUCCAAGUAAUAAAAAAUACUGCGAAGAUUAAGAGGAUGAAGAAAAAACAAUUACGGAUGAUUGAAAAACGCGAUACACUUAACUCAACAUCAUAAUUGUAAACGUUUAUAUCAAUAUAUACAUUAAUAAUAAAAAAAUAAACAAAAACAGAAUAUUUUACCAGACAUUAUUGUAUAGAAAAGAAGUUAUUAUUAUAUUAAUGCUAAAAUGAGCAUAAGUUACUAAAUAAAUCUUUUUUUUACUUAA